GGCGGGUGGAUGGGGGGGUUGAAGGCAGCGGAUCCGUCCGGCUCCGGGAGCGGCGCGGGGCGGCGGGGGUUAAAGCUCCGCCGUGACGUGUCCCGGUGGCUCCGCCCCGUAUCGCUGCGACGCAGACCGGAGCCCCCCCCCAAACCGAGAAGGUGUGAGCGGCCCCGCGCCCGCCAUGGCCGCGCUGUUGGAGGCCGUUCUGAGCUCAUCGGAGAAAGCAGCUGAGAUCGCCCGGCUGUGCCGGGACGCGGAGCCGCUUUUCCGAUUGCUGGUAGCGGAGAAAACCGGGUCGGAUCGGAACCAGCGCUUCUCCCACGACUUCAAGACUCUGGCAGAUGUUCUCAUCCAGGAGGUCAUCAGGCACGACCUGGGUGCCAAGUUCCCUGAGCUGCGCGGCCACAUCGGGGGCGAAGAGUCCAACGAGUUCACCAACGUUAAUGGGGACACGGUGUCGGUGCGGGUGUGCGACACGGUGCGUGAAACGGCGGCGCUGCUGGGCUCCGUGCUGCACCAGCAACGGGACGCGGCGGAGCUGCUGGCGGCCGCUGCGCACCGGGAGGUGACGGUGGGAGACGCGGAGCUGGAUGGACUCAACGUCAGCAUCGACCCAGGGGAUGUGGCCGUUUGGAUCGACCCCAUCGGUGAGGGGGGGCAGAGGUGGGACCCCCACCCAUGGGGUGAUGGUGACGGAUGGGACCCCCCCACCAUGGGGUGAUGGUGGCGGAUGGGACCCCCCCACCAUGGGGUGAUGGUGACGGAUGGGACCCCCCCCAUGGGGUGGUGGUGACGGAUGGGACCCCCCCAUGGGGUGAUGGUGACAGAUAGGACCCCCCCAUGGGGUGAU